CGAAGCUCGCUUCCUUGCUGUUGCAUUGCUUGAUACUCGCACACAUUGCUUAUGCCACACUCUGGUUAUUAUCCUCGACACAGUCCUCAUCGAAAGUGCUAGCGUUGCUGUAGUAUCGGUUCUCUACGGUCGCUCCGAUCCUUGACGCUUUUAGUGCCAUGCAAUUUAUUUUGCGAUUUUCAUUUAGUUUCAUUCAGCAAAAGUAAGAGCCAACAACCAACAUUCAACAAUCAGCAAUUUAGUUUCAUUCAUUCAAUGUCAAGUGCUCGAGUGCUCAAGUGCUGCGUUGCCAAUCAAGUGUAUGUAUGUACGUCGUACAGACCAGUGCAUUAAAUGAGUCUUUGUGUCAGAUAAAAUAAAUCUCACUAGUGCUUGCGUACGUAGAUGCGUGUGGCGUGGGUGCGUGAUUGUUACUUUUGUUUGGUUGCUGUCACGUUCGUCGUGUGAUUCCUGUUGCACGUCUGAUUGCAUCGAUACACACACAUCGAUAUACUUGUGCGCCACAUAUGUAUAUGUUAAAAUAGUGUUGCUUGUGUAAUUAUUCCUGUUUUCCGUCAAGCAUACACAGGCAAACAAUCACGUUUGAAGUGCAUGCCAGUCUUUUGCACUAGUAAAUUUAUUAAAAUUAUUUACUUUCCUGCGGCAUUAAAAAUCUUUUUAUUAAGUACAUAUUUUAUACUGAAUUGCCUAAUUAUGACGCGCAUGUGUGUGUGUGUAUGUAUGCACACUGGAUAUACAUAUGUGUGAAUAGCUCAUUAAUUUGACUGUUUUAUGUCGUCGUAUACGACGCUGUAAAUAACCGUGAAAAUACACGCUGGUGGCGAAGUCAAAUAUAUUGCGUGUAAUAAAAUUGUGUGUGUUCGCGCUAAUUAAAAAUAACUACUUGCAUUGUUUGUUAUUGCUGUUACGGAAGCUAGUUGCAGAUUUGAGAUCGUGUCACAUACAAAAAUAUCCAUAAAAAACACAAAUAUGCAGUGGAUGUUGCGGAAGAAUAUUGUCAAGACUCUGACUUACAUGAAGCGUAUGAAAGAGAAACGCUCAUUCUCUUUCCGAUUGCGACGUUCGAUCGGCGAUGGCGGCAGCACGAACAGCCGAAACAGCAACAAUAACAGCAGCACAUGCACGAACAACAAUUCCCUCUUAUCACCUGUGACCAGCGCAAGGUUGGAGGUGCCGAGUUUGAGCGUCUCAGUUAGCCGCCGCAGUAGCAUCUACAAGAAGCCGGACAAGGAUGAUAGCGGUAUUAUACACAUCGUGCCGGAUAUUGAAUUACCCCUGAUGACAUUCUCCGAUCAGUAUGAUAUUGAGAAGACAUUGGCUGAGGGUUGCUUUGCACGCAUACUCCUCGCCUAUCAUCGGCCCACCAAUACGACGGUGGUAUUGAAGGCCGUACAUGCAGAAUUGGCGACACUGAAAGAUUUCCAAAAGGAAUUUCAUCUAAACUAUCAACUAUCACAUCAUCGUAAUAUAUUGAGCGCAUACAAUGUGGCGUUCCAAACUAAAGAUUACUAUGUGUUUGCAAUGGAACAUGCGCCUUUUGGUGAUUUGGCGGCAAAUUUGGGGCAACACGGGCUGCACGAGUCGGCCUGCAAGACGAUCAGUGAACAGUUGAGUUCGGCGUUGGGUUUUAUGCAUUCCAAGAAUUUGGUACAUCGUGAUUUAAAGUUGGAGAAUGUUUUGGUCUUCACACCGGACUUUUCGCGCAUUAAAUUAUGUGAUUUCGGCACGACCACCAAGAAGAGUUUGCUGGUACACAAGGUGAAGCACACGUGGACUAGUUGUGUGCCGCCUGAAGUGCUGGAGAUUGUAAAAAAUGAACGCUUCACCUGCAUGCCGGCCAGCGAUUCAUGGCAAUUCGGUAUUUUACUCUAUAACAUUUUGACCGGCAGUCCGCCAUGGCAUAUGGCAGAUUGGGUGAAGGACGCUCAAUAUGCCAGUUUUAUGAAGUAUGAAGAGCGUAAAACCACAAAAAUACCCGACAAUUUCCGACGCUUUUCGCCGCGUUUAAUGCGUUGCUUCCGUAAGUAUUUAACACACGAUCCCGAAGAUCGCUGCAAAGUAACCGAAGUCACUAAAUACAUGAAAGAUCGUUGGGUUGAAUGCCGUAUUGCGACAUCGAAAUCAGCAAUGCUUAUCUCGCCGAAUCCCGAUCAGGAUUCGUGUAUCUACCUAAACAAACGCGAAGGUCGUCUAUCUGCAGAUGAGAACAAAUUGAAACUGAAACGUAUGAUGUCCACAUAUGGUUUGGAUAAUUCUAUCGAUCAGACUGUGGUGCGUAGGCGUGUUAUUGAGUGGCUUUCCACUUGUGAUACAAAUUUCGAUUCUGAUUUGGAAAGUUUGGCCGCACUAGAGGUGGCCAAUUAGGCUGUGGAUGGCGCGUGGAAGGCAACGAGAAGCGCGCAAAAAAAAUUGGUUUUUAGUUUUUGCGAAUGCGUUUGCAACAUGCUUAGGCAGCAGUGGAACGAACGAAAGAUAGAAGGAACGAAGGCGGCGAUGAGUAUGCCACAGCAAGUGCAACUCUAUUGAGAGCUCUGCAUUGAGAAGUUAAGAACUCGGCGAUUACAUUUUGUAUCGAUAGGAAGUGCGAAGAAAAUCGUGGCGAUUAAAACAACAAUAAAAAAUUAAUUCAAUACAGGUCAUAUCGACAAUAAGUCAUAUUCAAAUACCAAUUGCACAAGAAUUUAUUGUAAAAUAUUAUAGGCGAGAGGUAAAAAAUACUAUAGAGUCGCAUUUGCGAGUUGCAUUAGCUGAAUAAACAAAUAAAUAUAUAUGUAGAUACUACUUUAAAUAUGUAAUUGUUAAAAAAAUGGAGAAAAAAAUUUACCUUACGGUAAAGAAAUGCACUUAUAGAUUAUAAAUGUAUGCUUGUGAUUUAUGAAAUUGCAAACUUCUAUAUGAG